CGACAGAAUUUUACGGCUCUGUCGUCGUUUCAACAGAGCAUCAUCCGUCAACAACGACGAGACGCUUCCGACAGCAAGCCACCGCCGCGUCAAUCCCCAUGCGAGAUUGAUUCAUUGGCACCACUGUUGUUCUGUUCUGUCGUCUCGCCAUCGUGGUUCUUGACGAGCGGUUGGCAAGCAUUGCUUCGACAACAAUGGACACUGCUUCGUCGAAAUCCAAUAAAAGUAUAAAUCAGAAAAUCACCUCGUUGCCGCUGUCGACGAAACGCGGAACUUUGGGGCAGGCAUCAUGGCAGAGCCGUCGAACCACGGGAUUUCUUCUUCUGACCACCGCCCUUCAGCUGCUGGUCUCCGUCGUGGUUUGCCCACCAAUCUGCCACGCCUGGAAGCUUCCCUCAUGCAUCUCGUCGUCGUUUCGACGACAAAAUCGUGAUCGACGAUGCCAAAUGCCUUGUCGACAGGGAAUCAAUGCCGAACAACCCGCUUCCUCGAGAUUGGCAGCCAUGCCUGGACGGRUUCCGGGCCAAGAAAUGCAAGACGCGUCGCUGUUCCCCUCCCACCGGCCCCUCUUGGCSAUCAUWACGGAAACCGAUGCCUGCGACUCCGAGGAGAGAAUGAACCACACCCUGGAGGCCAUCCGACAGGCAGUAUCGAGCCGAAAAGUGGAUCUGGUAAGUGUUCGCUUGUCCCUGCCUCCCCGGAACGACAACGACGGUGAGAACGACGGGUACCAGCGAGUACUGGAGCGAGCCACAACGCUGACCGAGAAGCUCGUCGAACUCUCGUCCGAACAGAGAAAUCAAAUCGACGACAACGACGACGACGACGACGACGACCAGGCGAGAGAAGGGGGAAAGGUCAAAGGCUCGUCGUCGUCCGCGUUCUUUCGGGUGGUGUGUUCCAGCGACCUGGUAUCGGUCGCCGUUCGCGCCAGGGCCCACGGCGUUCACGUCAAGGAACACCACCUGGAUCGGCUCCCCGACAUUGUGGGUAGAUUCGACUACCCCAUUGUCGUUGGAACGUCGRCGCAYAGCGUCGAGAGCGCCCUUCGGUCGUCUUCUGGGAGGUUMCGGCCCGACUACUACUUCGUGGGAACAUGUUACCUCACGGCCUCCCACCCGGAAAAAACGCGWCAGGACCAGCUGGAGGGACCGGAACUGCCGGGGAGCGUCGGGCGGGCCCUGUCGGAWCAAGAGGGACCGGGAUCACAGUCAGCGGCACCCGGCCAAGACCAAAGCGUUCCACGGCCCCGUGUCCUCGCCAUCGGGGGGAUCGACGAGACCAAUUGCUUCGAGCYCGUGGCUAGGGGUGCGGAUGGGGUCGCSGUCAUCCGGGCCGUUUUGCAGGCCGACCGUCCCCUGGAAAAGGUGGAAGAAAUGCAGGAGAACAUGGCGAAAGCCGCGAAAGAUAAAAGCAGAAAUUUUACUACCAACUAAAUAAGAGGGGAACGGAGCAGAGCAAAAUGAAUCAAAGCAGAACUKCAAUUCGAAUGAUCCAUUCGUCUCGUGAUCACCAGUGGCAUCGGAAGGCGAGAAGCAUUUUUCAGUGAAAGGAAAAACGACCAAAACGUGUCGUAACGCCAAUCUCGAUCUGGUUCGGAUUGUGUGGUUUGCCCAGACGUACAAUACGGCAACGAAAACGAAACGAAAGCAUCGCCCAAAAAUUCAGGCGACGUUCGAUUGGGAUUGAUGCUAACCACCGUGUGGAUCAAUCACCUAGAAACUUGUGGAACGCCUCCCUCUCCUUGUCGCAUGGAGAAAUUGCUAAAAUAUUGGCACUSAAAAUUUCAACCGUAACAAAUAUAAUUUUACUCC